CCUCUGCUGAACGCGGUCGCGGAAGGAGGCCGCCGCGACCAAGCAGCGCUUUGGCAUGAGCGCAGCUGCGCUUCUGCCGGUGGAGGGAGAAAUUGAUCGCGCUGCUGGAGCUUGGAGGGGAAGCGGGUAGCACCCCAACUGGAGAGUCCUGGAGCCUCCCGGUGGGUUCGAGACAGCAGCCGAUCGCUGAAGUGAGGCCGUUGGCUAGCAAGCUUGAGUUCCAAAGCCUAAGAACAUCAAAAUGUCUGUUCCACGGGGGAAAGGAUCAGCCCGUAAAUCAAAACAAAUAACUGUGAAAACGUCUUUGAACAACCCAUAUACUCCACAAUGGUGUACCCUGCCAGGAGAGGAUAUGCAUUUUGUCUUGCAGGCCUUGGAAGAAGUCAUGAAACAGAUUGGGUUUAAAAAGGUAGAGGAUCGGAAGAGGAUGAAACCCCCCUCCAGAAAAAUGCGAGAGAAGGAAGAAUGUGGCACUCAUCCUGGCAAACUUCAGGAUGAGAAAAAGGCUGAUGAUCCAAAAGCACAUGGGUGGACUGAUGUGCAAAUCAGGAACCAGCUUGCUAUUGGGAUCAAUGAAGUAACUAGAGCUUUGGAAAAGAAUGAACUGUGUCUUGUGCUAGUGUGCAAAUCUGCCAAACCUGCCUUGCUAACUUCUCACCUUAUUCCACUCAGUGCAAGUCGAGCCAUCCCUGCUGGCCAAGUUCCACGUCUCAGCGAAACAUUAGCUCCAGUGCUUGGAUUAACAUCUGUGCUGGCACUGGGGUUUAAAAGAACCACCGAUGUGUUUGCAAAAGUAGUUGAAGUGAUCAUUCCACGAAUUCCUAGUUUAGGCAUGCCGGGGAUCCAGCAUGGAACUGAACCACCUUUAAUAAAUGAAGAUACUAAUUUUAUGACUGUUUCAGCUGCAGAAUUCACUGAGUCUACCCCAUUGGGGAGCUGCCUCAGUCACAAGCGGAAACUAACAGAUUACAGCCCGCUUGCUUCCCCUACUGUAGCUCUGCAAACCCUGAAAGUUAAACAUAUCGUUCCUAAUCCAAAGAAAAGCCGCAAGCUUCCCAAAACUAGAAAACGUAUUUCAAGGUAACGUUGAUUUCUACCCUGCAUUUUGCAUUUCUGUUUGCCUGAAAAGUGAUAUAUAAUAAUGUCACAUGGAUUGAAUAGGAACAGUUUUUCCAAAUUACUUUUGAAUUGGAAGUGGAGUGUGAGAGGUCAUCUUACAUUCUGCUGUUGAAAACAAGGCAUCCCUGCAAAAAAAUAAAUAAAUGCGUGCACCUUUGAAGAUUUGCUGUUAGUUAGAAGGGGCUGCUUACGCAGUGAAUGUGAUGCCUAAAAAUAAUUUCAUUCUUUUCUUCCCUACCCUGUUAACUCUUCCCCUUGUUCCAUUUUUUUUUGUUUGUUUUAUACUUCUCUCCUGCCUUCCCUUAACCAAUCUCCAGCCAGUAAAUUUCUUCUGCUGCCCGAAGAAACAAGGGGAGUGUGUUGGUGUAUGCAAGGGAAGAAUCAGUUCAUUGUAUAAAUGGGCUAUCUUCCCAGGUGAUUUUUGCUAGGAAUUAUGAAUUCAAUAAACACAGCUUUUAUUUUU